AUGAACGAUUCGGUAAAGCCGUUCGCCUGCAUCAUAGCUGGCUGCAACAUGAGUUUUAUCAACGAAGAUCAUCUAACUGUCCACAAAAAGAAGCACGACAUGAUGUUGAACCUUGGAAUUAACAGCAAAAACAACUUUUUCAUUGCUGAUCAAACACCAACACCAACAAGGUUUAUUAGAAAUUGUGACGAUGUUGGAUUAUUUCAAGAUUUACAAAGUGACAAUCCAUUUGAAGAAACAUUUCGUAGAGCAGUGGAAGCGGGAAAAAGUGGAGAAUUAACAGUACCUGAGGUUCAUGAAAAUGAUGAUACAUUACAUACACCUAACAUAUUUCCUCAUAUUACUGAAGAAUGUGCACCUUCAGUCAGUACACAAUCUAAUAAAAUUACAAAAUCUGAAUCAUCUAUUGAUCUGGAAUCAGUUUCUAAUAAAUCUGCCCACAUAGAAGACAGUAGUACAAUAUGUGAAAAUAAAAGCAGUGAGGAUAAUUUUGGCAAUGUUUCCAGCAAUAGCGCCAUUUCUCAAAGUUUGUCAAGCUCACCAACAAACGAUAAUUCUAUUGAUAAACCAGAAACACAUGUGCCUAUCAAUGUAAAUGAAAUGCAGAUAUUACUAAAAACGGAAAGUGGCAAUGUAUUAAGAUUUGUUGCUGCACCUACACUGGAUAGUAUGAAUUCUGUCAGCCUUCAACCAAAAUUACCAGCUAAAUCUGUAACUGUAACUAAUGCUAAUAAUAAAACUGACAUUGAGAUGGUUUCUGACCAGAAACUAUUAUUGGCUAAAAUGAAAUUGAAGCAAACUUUAACAAAGAACGGUGUCGUUAUUGAAAAUAAAAGUAUUCAAAACAACAAAAAUGCUUCAGUAGAUAUCUCGAAAGAGAAGAGCAAAAUAAAAGUUGAUGGCGUGAAAAAACAAGCCAUUAAGGAGAGAAACAGAGCAAGUUCUAUGCGUGCUAGAGCCAAACGAAAAGUGUGGAUAGAACAGUUACAAAAUUCUUUAAAAAAUGCCAAUGAAACUAAUGCUAAUUUACAUGCUCAAUUAAAGAAUCUGCAUUGUCAAAUAGACAAAUUGAAAACUUUACUAUUGGCACAUAAGGACUGUCCAGUUACAAAGGCUAUGGAGAAAGGAAACAGAAUAAUAGUAAGUUCCAAGGUGAUAGCUUUAAAAUCAAGUACCCUUGAAUCCAUUAAACCGAUAAAGCGUGCAAGUACUGAAAAAUUAAUCGCACCAAAGAAAAAGUCAAUAGUUUUACCAACUGUAAUGAGCCCUAUUAUCAUACCAACCACUAAUUCGACGCCUAAUACCAUUACACUUCAUGCUGCAGAGGCGGUAAAAUCAAUACCUACCAUCAAUAUUGUUACACCAUUAGGCACAAGUAUAGGAAAUGCAAAGACUAUUUUAAGUUUCUUACCUACUGAUUCAGAAAAAGUUAAAGCGAAUCGGAGUUUUAGUGAGAAUACUGGUGGAUUGACACUUACUUGA